AGGGGAAACCCAUUUGAGAAGCAAUGUACAUAUUCCAGUUAUUGAAGCUGAUUCUUGCAAGUUUCCUGCUAUCAGGAGCGAAUGCAGAAGCAGGCACAAAAGAUUUCCUCAAGAAAUUCAAUACGUAUAAAGAAGUGUGUCGAGAAAUGGGCUUCAAGGGAGAUUACUGCAAAGGACGUGAAAGAGUUAUAAUCUCAUUUCAUGCCCGAAUGGCAAGUAGUCUGCAGAACCUCGGAAAUAAUGCCGUAGUUGUAUUUGGAAAAGUAACAGAAAAUUCUGGAUCUGCCUAUAAUAGUAACACAGGGAAAUUCACAGCGCCUCAGGAUGGAAUUUACUCGUUUACAUGGACCAUUCUGACAGACCCUGGAAAGAUAUUUGUCACAUUUAUUGUUCUCAAUGAUACGAGUAACGUCGUGGGAUACAACUAUGUCAACGGAAGGAAUGGGAGUCAAACUUAUUCAACAGGAUCCGUCACAACAAUUAUAAAAAUGAAGAAGAAUGACAAGGUCUGGAUAAGAGCAAAUGAAAAACAAGGUGAAUACGCUAAUGCUAAUUGGUCCUCGUUUUCUGGUUUUAAAUUGUCAUGAUCUU